AUGCGGAAUAAAAUAAUUUUUCUCCAGUUUAGCCCCAUGAUCCUUUGCGAAGUUGGAAGAAGCCCGGCUAUGGGACCAGUUGACGAGAUCGACGAGUAAACAUCUUAUAGCCAAUAGGGCAAAUCAUGGGUACUUAGCUUACAUAGGACAAACUGAAAUUUCAAAAAAUUAGAAUUUCUUGUAAAAUUAACGUCUUGAGUUGAUGUCGUAAAAGGAUCGCCACUCCACGUACAUUACUGAAGUUCUCGAGAUGUCUAACAAGUCGUUUGAUCUUUUAUAGAUUCCUUUUGCUUUUUGAGGUGUUACUAUAUCUAUGAUCAGUGUUAUAUUGCCAUAGAGAAGAGUAAUAUUUGCGAUCCGUUUCCAGUGUUAUACAUUCUUUACAAUAGAGAUGGCUGCAGUGGAUGUCGUCAAUAAACUACCACAAAAGUAUUUGAAUGUUCAUUUUUACAUAAAUCUUGUUUGGUUUAUUCCUAAAGCGUGAUUGCAUUUAACUUUUCAUUCUUAUUUUGUUCAGUCAAGAGUGUUGUUAUUUCCCUUGCUGUUGUUGUCGUCGUCUAUUAACGAAGAAUGAUUUUAGAAUUGUUUACUGAUUUCCCUUUUUAAUUACUAUAAGAUACAUCCCCAAUAUCAACUGGGCCGCCUUCCUGAUGAUAACUGCGAUUUUCAGCAUUCUUAAAACUCAAGGGCCUCGAGCUUAUCUCUUUAAGGUCCAUCUAAAAGCUGAAAAGCAAAAGUAUUUAUUAUAGAUCGAAAUCCUUCCCUGGUAUUUCGAGAAUACCACCUUGUUGAAGCCUCAAAAACAGCACAUGUAUUUCCCGAGAAGUAUAUGCUUUACUGACGAUAGCUUUCAAAGAAUUUUCAAUGAGAGUUCAAAACGUCAAUGGUCCACACAUUAUUCAAGAACUAAAAAACACAUAGCAUGGACGUAGAUACUUUGGGUCAGUUAUUUACACGAGGUCUGACCCAAACCGCGCUUUCACGCAAGCGGUGGGCCUAAGGGAUUUUUUAUAAAAGGGUUGAUUCAAUUAAACAGAUGUCCUUCCAAUAUCAGCAUACGGACUUCUUGAGACUGUCCACAAAAAUGAAUGUUCAGAUAAAAGGUUCGGCUAAGUUGAAGAUGGCUUAGAACAUAGUUUUGUUAAACAACGGCUAGACUUUGUUUAAAUAACCGGCCCUUAGAUUCUGGAUCUGCCCUGUCCUUCUAUUAUCGUCUAGUAUUGAUUUCGAUGUCUCAGUUAUACAUCAAUUCAAUGGUCACAUUGUAUUUUAUUACCAGGAGGGUACUCGAAAUGGUACUGCCUCCAUAGGAAGAACUCACGCUGGAUGAAGGAGGUCUGUGAAUGCGACAGUGUUAGUGGUACGAUGCUAUAA